ACCAAAGGUUGUUCUAAUACUUAAACGCUCAGAAAGCUCAGGUAGGGCGUGGCAAGGCGCGUCUUUUUCCCUGAACAGUGUUUUGAAUCAUCACUCUAAUUAGACUGUACAGACAGCUGAGCUGUUGAAUAGCAUUGGGCCAAGCUUGGAUCACUCAAGAGGGCGAGAUGACUUCACACACGUGGAUUUUACUUCUACUGGCAAGUCUUGUGGUAACAAGAGCGCAAGAUUUAGACCUUGGUGAUGCCUUGGACGACGAUUUGCCUGCAAAGCCAACGGUGAAACCAGCCCCACCCAAAAACCCAGAUUCAGGCCCUGCAAAGCCAUCGGUGAAACCAGCCCCACCCAAAAACCCAGAUUCAGGGUUUGAUCUUUCAGAUGCCUUCGAUUUGGACCCAAAAAAACCUGUUGUGGUCCCCCCCAAAAAAGAAGAUGAUAAAAAGAAACCAUCUGGAGGAGGUUUCGAUCUGUCUGACGCAUUUGGUCCAGAUACUGAGACCAAAAAACCUGUGAUCCCACCCAAAGACCGAGGAACUGGUGGUGGAACUUUCGAUGACAAAGACCUUGUUGAUGUGAAUGAGGGUGGUGAAUACAACCCAGAUGGAGGCCGAAGUGGAGGGCGAGGAGGAGGAGAGGUUCAUGUUAAUGAUCAAAGCGGUGGUGGCACUGAACAACCUCAAGAUCUUAACCAGCAGUGGCUCCAGAUUAUCAAGAUGCUAGUCGAUAAUAUACCAGGCGGCUUCAGUGUUUGGAUUUCCCAGUUUAAUCAAGUAGUACAGCCCCUGCUAGAGCAGUUACAGCAACUUCUGAACAUAACAGAGGAAAAAACAGAGCUCUAAACGUCCUGGAUAGUAACUUUCUUGGCUUGUGUCGGGUUUUAAACAUUGUUUACAUGGUUUGAAAGUUAUACUUGGUUGUAAGGCUGGGACUGCUGGUGCUCAUGUGUUUUUGAGGAUGAAAUACACAUUUAGUAAUGAUUAAUUAUACUGAUUUUAGAAGUGAGGCAGUGAGGAAUUAUUCUUAUUGUAUAAUUGACUGGUUUUUCUGGUUGUUUUGUGUGUUGGAAAGGACUAUUAUAAGGCUAUUCACCUACUUUUAAAGUGUUUGGGGUUAAAAGCAUUUUUAAAAGAAAUGACUAGUUUUAUUCAUCAGUUGAACAAUCAAAAAUUACAGUGACUGGUUAGUGUUAAAAAGAUUUCUAUUUCAAAUAAAUGAUGUUCUUUUGAACUUUCUACUUGCAGUUGAGGUCAAAAGUUUGCAUACACCUUGCAGAAUCUCCAAAAUAAGAGGGAUCAUGCAAAAUGCAUGUAAUUUUUUAAUUUAAUACUGACCUGAAUAUGAUUUUUCACAUAAAAGAUGUUUACAUAUAGUCCACAAGAGAAAAUAAUAGUUGAAUUUAAAAAAUGACUCUUAAUACAGUUUUUUUACCUAAAUGAUCCACACCAAAUUCUUUGGCUUUUCAGCAUUUUUGUGUAGUUGAACCCUUUCCAACAAUGAAUGUAUGAAUUUGUGAUCCAUCUUUUCAAACUGAGGACAACUGAGAGACUCAUGCAACUACUACAGAAGGUUCAAACGCUCAUUGAUGCGUCAGAAGGAAACGCAUUAAGAGCCAAGGGGUGAAAACUUUUUGAAUUUGACUAUCAGGGUAAAUUUAACUUAUUUUGUCUUCUAGGAAAAAAUGUAAGUAUCUUCUGUAGCUUCUGAAAGGCAGUACUAAAUGAUGAAAAUAUGAUAUUUAGGCAAAAUAAGAAAAAUGUACACAUCUCCAUUCUGUUCAAAAGUUUACACCCCUCGCUCUUAAUGCAUCGUUUUUCCUUCUGGAGCAUCAGUGAGUGUUUGAACCUUCUGUAAUAGUUGCAUAUGAGUCCCUCAGUUGUCCUCGGUGUGUAAAGGUGGAUCUCAAAAUCAUACAGUCGUUGUUGGAGAGGGCUCAAGUACACAAAAAUGCUGAAAAAACAAAGAAUUUGUGUGAGAAUUUUCUGAAGAACAUCAGGCAGUUUUAACAGUUCUGGACAAACAAGAGACUCAUGAACAACUGUCUAAUAAACAAAACAAAAUGAAAAGCUGUGGAUCAUUUAGGUAACAAUACGGUAUUAAGAAUGAAGUGUAUAUAAACUUUUGAACGGGUUAAUUUUUAGAAAUUUAACUUGUUUUCUCUUGUGGACUAUAUGUCAACGUCUUUUAUGUGAAAUAUCUUACUCAGGACAUACAUUUUGUAUGAUCCCACUUAUUUUGGUUAAAAGAAAAAAAAAAAAAAAACAGAUUUUGCAAGGUGUAUGUAAACUUUUGACCUCAACUGUAUCAAAGAUUCCUAAAAAAAGAUUUUCCAUAAAUAUUGGCAAUAUUGAAAUGAUGUUGAUAAGAACUGUCUCGAGUUUCAAAUCAGUAUAUAUUUGAAAGAAUUAUGAAAAAUCAUAUGACUCUGAAGACUGGAGUAAUCACAUGAAUAAAUUACAUUUUAAAAUGUAUUUUAAGUAUACUUUUUAAAAUGUAUUAUUUCAUAGUACAUGCUAUUUUUACUGUAUUUUUGAGCAAAUAAAUUCAUCUUUGGUGAGCAUAAGAGAGAGAACAUUGAAAAAAUCUUACCAAAAGCUUACCAAAAUUAUGUAUUUGUAUAUAAUAAAACAGUAGGAGGGAGCCCCUAGUAUGUAAUGCAUCUGAUAAAGUAUUCAAGUGAAUGAUGAUUCAGGCUGUGAUUCAUAGCAUUUUUUUUAGAUUUAAUGUGUGUAGUCUCCUUAUUUUUCCUCAGGAUAUCUUUAUGUCUUCCGGUCAUUAAUUUUUUAUUUUUUAUUUUUCUUCUUCUUGUGUUUACGCAAUGUAAAUGCGUAAGAUACACUCUGAAUUUUUGCCAGUAAACAUAACAGAUUGACUGGUUUUGCAUGGCAUGUCUCAAAUGAGGGGUUUCUUUUCUCUGAUGGUUCUACGGAACAGUGAACUAACCCCUAAGGCCACGUUAAGCAUUCCAUCACUGCGCUUCCUUUUCCUCUCUUUAUAGCUGCCAUUUUAUUUCUCAUUUUCUUGAGAACGAACGGUACCGCUUGAAACAUCAAAGCACAAUUUUCUUUUGGCUAAAACUUGGUUUACUUACUUGACCUUGCAAAUGUACUAGAGGAUUGAAGUUGGCAAAUGUUUGUGUCUGCAAAGCUUAGCGCAUGCAGGGAUUACGCCGUCCCAAAUCUCAUUGAGAGUAGAGGAACUGCAGGAUGUUUUCAACCCCAGACACUUUUGAUGUUUAAAAGAGGCUGAUUCAGUAUCUUAAAAAUAAUCAGCAUUUUUGGCAUCAGUGAUUUCAUAAACUUUCAACAUGGAAAGGUUCUACUGCACAAAAGAUUUAUUAUAUCCAAAACGGUUGUUGCACUGUAUGGAAUUGUUGGGAAAACCCCCUUUUGGUACAUUUACCACACAGGCAUUGGAUGCACAUGGUAGUUUGCAUUUACAGUUGUUAAUCUUUUGAAUAUUUUAAUGCAGGCAGGGUUUGUUUCUAAUGAAAGACUCCUUUGAACAUUGAUAUCUUUGGUGUCUGUUUUGAUGUAUUGGUUCAAGUUUUUAUUCAGACUCUCAUUUGGUUGUCACGCUUUGAUUUCUUGAAACAUAGCAGCUUUUUGUAUCUGUGAUUUCUUUUUAAUAAAGUAAAAUGUGAGAAUU